GUGGAAGUAGCACCAGGUGAGGGAUGUGCUGCACGAGGCUGCUGCCCCGUUGUGAAGGCGGCGGCGGCGGCACAGCUGACCGGGUAAACAAACACACCGCCGCGGCCCCUCGCUGACCCCCACGCUGCCAGGCCCAGGCAGCAUCAUCAUGUCGCAGGUGGAGGAGGAUGUUCCCAUGUUAGUCGCAGAAGAUGAUGAUGAGGCUCCUGACCUGGUGGAGGCUCCUGACCUCCCCCGUGUCCCUGUCACCAUCCUCUCCGGCUACCUCGGUGCCGGCAAGACCACACUCCUCAACUACAUCCUCACGCAGCAGCACAACAAGAAGAUUGCCGUCAUACUCAAUGAAUUUGGAGAAGGAAGCUCCUUGGAGAAGAGCCUCAACAUAGGCCACGGCGGGGAGCUGUUUGAGGAGUGGCUGGAGCUGCGGAACGGCUGCCUCUGCUGCUCCGUCAAAGACAACGGUGUGAAGGCGAUUGAGAACUUGAUGAAGAAGAGAGGCAAGUUCGACUACAUCCUGCUGGAAACGACGGGAUUGGCCGACCCAGGCCCCAUCGCGGCGCUCUUCUGGGUCGACAAGCAGCUGGAGUGUGAAGUGUACCUCGACGGCAUCAUCACGGUGCUGGACGCCAAGUACGCCGAGAAGAAUAUCUCCGAGAAGAAGCCUGAAGGUGUGGUGAACGAGGCUGUGAGACAGGUGGCCUUGGCGGACCUCCUCAUCCUAAACAAAACGGACUUGGUGGACCAGCAGCAACUUGACCUGGUGACGCGGAUUGUGAGAAACAUCAACAGCUCAGCAGAGAUCGUCCAAACACAGAGAUGCAGAGUCGACCUUGAUAAGCUCCUCGACCUUCACGCCUACGACAAGUUUGGGGCUGACGAGUAUGACCGAACCCUCAGCGCACACUUCAAGGAUGACCUCCCACACUUGGACCAGCGAGUCGGCACGGUGACCCUAGAGGUGGAGGGCAGCCUGACCCCCGCUGGCCUGGACACUCUGGUGGAGACACUGCUCUGGGAACGUUCACUCACCACACCUGCCGGACACCACCCACACAUCUAUCGCAUGAAGGGCAUCCUCUCGGUGGUGGGUGAGGAGCGACGGGUGAUGCUACAGGCGGUGCAGGAGCUCUACGAAGCCGAGCCCAUCGACCCCUGGCCCCCACACUGCCCCCGGACGUGCAAGUUUGUCUUCAUCGGAGAACAUCUGGAGGAGGGCAUCUUGAGGGAGUUCCUGGAGUCUCUAGCAGUGGAGGGACCUGUGGGGGUGCCGUAAGGGGGGGCAAGGGAGGGGAUGAUUCUCUAAAGCCUUGUCCUGCCUCCUCCUGCCUCUUGUCCCCCUCCUGUCUCAUCCUACAUCCUCUUCCCUCAUGUCCUGCCUCACCCUGUCUCAUCCUGCCUCAUUUUGUUGUGUUAUUUUCAUUCCUUUACUAAAAUAAUGGUCCAAAACUCCUCUGUGUGUGUGUGUGUGUGUGUGUGUGUGUGUGUGUGUGUGUGUGUGUGUGUGUGUGUGUGUGUGUGUGUGUGUGUGUGUGUGUGUGUGUGUGUCCUUACCUGAUCUAUUUGUUCUUAGGUAGGUAUUUGUAUUUUUGUAUUUUUUUUCCUCAGCUCAAUGUGUGUGUGUGUGUGUGUGUGUGUGUUUUACCUAACCUAUUUGUCCUUGGUUUGGUAUUUGUAAUUUUUUUUUCCUCAGCUCAGUGUGUGUGUGUGUGUGUGUGUGUGUGUGUGUGUGUGUGUGUGUUCUGAGUUAGGUCCUGUUGUGUUUCUUCUUCAUGUGUUGAGUGUGUAAAUAAUUGUAACAACCACUGUGUCAUUAACUUGUGGCUUAUUCCUUGCCCUUCUCAUUUUGUAUGUAAAUACUUCUUUUAAUUAACUCAGAUUAAAAGGAGAAAAAAAGAUGUUUUAUACUUAUAUCAUUAAAGCAUUCAGAUA